AUGGCCAUGAAUGAUGCUGCUAGCUCCAUUACUGGCCAUGCAAGCACUGCCCCGAGCAGCCCAUCCAGUCAUCCGACAUGUGUGUCACCAUCACCUGCAGCGACUGUGUGCUCAUCCGACGACGAGCCAUUGGAUGCUGCAGAGGAGAUGCUGCGGAUGGCACGAGAGGAUGCCAUGGGCCGCCACCACAUGGACAUGGACCCCACGGUGCCACUGCAGUGCAUGCCACCCGUGGCCGGUCCCAUGCAUGGUGCACCCGGCCCAUGCAUACCAACAUGCCUGUGUCAGAGGCAUCCAGACUACCCCCCCACUUGUUUGCGGUUGGGGACCAUCAUGCCAUUGUGCCCACCCAUCCCACCACUCCCCACCCCUGCAACAUUAGCAGCAGCAGCUGGUGUUGCCGGAGCAAAGCCAAUGCCGCCACCGGCCCCCGUGCGAGCACCCAUGCCUUAUCCAUUCUGCAACCCCAUGCCCGUGCCUAGGGGUCCCGGCAACCUGCCAUGGAAGGGCCCACCCAGCACACCCCGACCAUCCAUUGCAACCCAGCAUGAGGAGGUGAAGCAUGAGAUCAAGCAGGAGGAGGACAUCAAGCAGGAAGUCAAGCAGGAGGACACCAUCAUGAGGAGGACAUCAAGCAGGAAGUCAAGCAGGAGGACACCAUCAUGCAGCCAGAAAGACAUGGAUUGGCAUGGACUGCAAGACAUCGUCAACACCAUGCGAGAAGACUUGGUGAACAACCAAGAUGCUGCUGGUGCAUGGAAGGACAAAGCAAGGAGCUUCAUCGAGGCAUUCAACCAGCAUGACUGGUACCAGAAGGAGCCCAUCUUCAAGCAGAUGGUGGAGCAUGAUGACCAUUCAGCGGCCAUGCCACCAGAUCUCGCUUUCGGCGACUGCAGUGAGGUUCGCUCGAAAGCCAUGUCUCAGCACUGGACCAUCGAUGAUUUCAUUGCCGAGUUGGGGCAUUUGGACUCACUGGCCCAGAACAGCCCCAACAGCACUGUGGUCCAGUCCAUGACGAAUGCAUUCAUAGCUCGCAUCCAAGCGGCAUCCAAUUGGACAUCGGCCGGUAUCGUGGCCAUGCUGGAGAAAGCCAAUAGCAUGCAGGCCGAUGUGAAGCCCAGCCUCGUGACUGCCAUAGAGUCAUUGAACACCAUGACAGGCUCGCAUCUUCGCUUCACAUCCUCGGGGCAGAAGGUAUUGGACUUCAGCCCAUACCUGACUAGCAUGGAUUGGGAAUGUAUGUCGGGCGGCAUCGUGGCAGACAGCAUGUCCAUGCUGGCAAAGCGAAUGCGGUCCAUGGGUACAUCAGCCAAGGAGUGCUUGGACUUCAAGACCAUACUCCAUGCCGCCCCCAUGCCUGCCACCCAUGGCGCCGGGGUGUUGGUGUACCCCAACACACCUGCAGAGAUGGGCCAAGACUGGCUGUUGCAAGCACAUGGCCAUCAUCAUGGGCUGGCGGGCCGGACCAUCCAGUUGGCACAUUGGUCCAAGGCCAUUCCCAUGCGGUCCACAUCCUCAUUGCUGAAGCCCAUGCCGAAUCCUGCCCAGGCACGGCCAUCAGACAGUGCUGGGGAUGGGCAUGCCCUUGCUGGUGUUGCUGGGGCAUUGUGCCAGUUCCUCAACAACGGGGCCCCAUCAGCUAAGGCGCCCGCAGCUGCAUCGCAGCUAGCAUUGCAAGAUGGACAUGCAGGCCAUGUGCAAUUCAUUGCUCCGGGCCAAAGCCAUGCUGCACCCUCCACACUGGCAUUGCCGUCCUCAGAGCCAUCGCACAGACCCGUUGCCACACCGGCACGAGCUCCAUCUGUGCAUGCAGCCGCAGAGGAAGCUCCGGAAGCCAAUGGGUGUCCCAUGGAUGGCAAGGAUGAGGACAGCCAUGAGACUGACAAGAACCAUGCGAAGACAUUGGAAGACUGGGAAAAGGACACAUUCGAGAAGAAAUGUCCUCGGCUGCCCGACAUGCACAUCUCCGACAUACAACGGGAUACGUCUCCCUGGAAGGGAGGCAUGGAAGGCACACAUGAGGGCCAUGGGUAA